GGGCCGCCGAGGCGCUCUCUGCUCUUCCCCGCGAGUGAGAGCGAGAGAGCGAGCGAGAGGGGGCGGGCGGGCAGCGAGCGGCUCCAGCGCGCGACCACUUUCCCUGCGCGCUCCCCCGAGCUCCCCGCAGGAGGUGAAAGUCCCCGGAUGGCGUAGUUGCGCCGAGCGCUGCAGUGCACACAGCUGAGCUUGCGGACGCCGCGCGCGGGCCGGGGGCACCUUCCGUCUGUCCGGCUGGAAGAUCUCCGGGCACCCCGCGCCUCCGAGGUAAUUUGACAAUUGGAAAGAGGGAGUUUAAAGUCACUUCAGAUUUGCGAAGACUGUCUAUGAUCCAGAGUGACUGGACGUGACACAUUUGUCAGAAAAGAAAAUGACUUCUCAUUAUGUGCUUGCUGUGUUUGCCUUGGUGAGCUCCUGUCUAGCCACUGCAGGUCUCCAGCCUGGCCCCCGCUGUGAGCUGGUGCCUGUCAACACCUCCCACCCGGUGCAGGCCUUGAUGGAGAGCUUCACUGUCCUGUCGGGCUGUGCCAGCAGAGGCACCACGGCGCUGCCACAGGAAGUGCAUGUCCUGAACCUCCGAGGUGCCGACCAGGAACCUGGGCAGCCGAAGAGAGAGGUCACUCUGCACCUCAAUCCCAUCUCUUCAGUUCACAUUCAUCACAAGCCAGUCGUGUUCCUGCUCAACUCUCCGAAUCCCCUAGUCUGGCAUCUGAUGACUGAGAGGCUUGCACUUGGUGUCUCUAGACUUUUCUUGGUGUCGGAGGGUUCUGUGGUCCAGUUUUCAUCAGGAAAUUUCUCCAUGUCAGCGAAAACAGAAGAAAGGAAUUUCCCCCAGGACAAUGAACAUCUCUUAAACUGGGCUCGAAAGGAAUACGGAGCAGUCACUUCGUUCACUGAACUCAAGAUCUCAAGAAACAUUUAUAUUAAAGUGGGGGAAGAUCAAGUGUUCCCUCCCACAUGCAACAUCGGGAAGAACUUUCUCUCGCUCAAUUACCUGGCUGAGUACUUGCAGCCCAAAGCAGCAGAAGGGUGUGUGAUGUCCAACCAGCCCCAGGACAAAGAAGUGCACAUCAUUGAGUUAAUCAGCCCCAACUCGAACCCCUACAGUGCUUUCCAGGUGGAUAUAAUAAUUGAUAUAAGACCUUCUCGAAAGGAUCCUGAAGUGAUCAAAAAUCUCAUCCUGAUCUUGAAAUGCAAAAAGUCUGUCAACUGGGUGAUCAAAUCUUUCGAUGUGAAGGGAAGCCUAAAAGUUAUUGCCCCUAACAGUAUUGGCUUUGGAAAAGAGAGUGAAAGAUCCAUGACAAUGACCAAGUCUAUAAGAGAUGACAUUCCUUCAACCCAAGAGAAUCUGAUCAAGUGGGCUUUGUCCAAUAGCUAUAGUCCAAUAACAUCAUACACACUGGCGCUUGUGGCUAAUAGAUUUCAUCUUCGGGUUGAAAAUAAUGAGGAGAUGAGAGAUGAGGAAGUCCAUACUAUCCCUCCUGAGCUACGAAUCCUGCUCGGCCCCGGCCCGCUGCCUGCUCUGGAGAACCCACCUGCCCGGGGCGGGGGAGGCCGAAAUGGAGGCUUCCCUUUUCUUUUCCCUGAGAUUAACAGGAGAGACCAAAAGGACGGGGUAGACGAUGGGAUUCCCCAGCCAAAGGAUCCUAUCCUCCCCAGCAUACAACUGUUUCCUGCUCCCCGGGAGCCCGAGGAAUUGCAGGGAAGCGUGGAUGUUGCUCUGUCUGUCCGAUGUGACAACGAAAAGAUGAUUGUGGCUGUAGACAAAGAUUCCUUUCAGGCCAACAGCCACUUGGGCGUGGAGCUCACCCUGUUAGAUCCUACCUGCAAGGCCCGGAUGAAUGGCACCCACUUCAUUCUGGAGUCGCCUCUGAAUGGCUGUGGGACUCGGCACCGACCUGCAGCUCCUGGUGGUGUGGUUUACUAUAACUCUAUUGUGAUACAGGUUCCAUCCCCAGGAGAAAGUAGUGGUUGGCCAGAUGGUUAUGAGGACUUGGAAUCAGGUGACAAUGGAUUUCCAGGAGAUCUAGAUGAAGGAGAUGCUCCCUUCUUCAGCCGACCGGAAAUGGUCGUGUUCAAUUGCAGUUUAAAACAGGCGGUGAAUCCCAGCAGCUUCCAGGACCUUCCCAACAGAAACAUAACCUUCAAUAUGGAGCUGUACAACACUGAUCUCUUCCUGGUGCCUUCCCAGGGUGUCUUCUCCGUGGCAGAGAAUGGACCCGUCUAUGUGGAGGUGUCUGUGACCAAGGCUGAUCAAGAACUAGGAUUUGCCAUUCAGACAUGCUUUAUCUCUCCGUAUUCCAACCCCGAUAGGAUGUCAGAUUACACUAUCAUCGAGAACAUUUGUCCUAAAGAUGAAUCUGUGAAAUUCUAUAAUCCCAAAAGAGUGCACUUUCCGAUUCCACAAGCCGAGGUGGAUAAGAAGCGAUUCAGUUUCGUGUUUAAGCCCGUCUUCAACACCUCACUGCUCUUUUUGCAAUGUGAGCUCACAUUGUGUACCAAGAAGGAAAAGGACCCCCAGAAGUUGCCAAAGUGCGUGCCUCCGGAUGAAGCCUGCACGGCGCUGGAUGCCUCCAUGAUCUGGGCCAUGAUGCAGAACAAGAAGACAUUCACCAAGCCCCUGGCUGUGAUCCACCACGAAGUAGAUCGCAUUAAAGAUAAAAAUCCAAGCUUCGAGAAACAGAAUCCAGAUCCUCCACCAAUUUUCCAUGGCCUGGACACCCUGACCGUGAUGGGUAUUGCAUUUGCAGCAUUUGUGAUUGGAGCCCUCCUUACAGGGGCCUUGUGGUACAUCUACUCACACACAGGGGAGACAGCCAGGAGACAGCAGGUGCCCACGUCCCCGCCGGCCUCGGAGAACAGCAGCGCAGCACACAGUAUCGGCAGCACGCAGAGCACGCCCUGCUCCAGCAGCAGCACGGCCUAGCCCGCCGGCCCAGGCCGAAGGCAGGACCUCCCGGCCGCCAGCGUCCGUUCGUUCAGACUCGGAAGACUUGAUUGUGGUUCCCUUGUAAAGAGAGAUGAGUUUCAGUACAAAGAUCACCUGUUGUAUUCGUCACCCCCACCCCCACCCCUGCUCCAGGGCUGAUAUAUUGGUGACCCUGGACAUGAGUAACACUCUAGAAUUCAUGUGUGAAAGCUGAGGUGGUGGCCUUCUUCACCAGCCCCUUCUGGGCUUGGGGGUUUUCAAUGUGAAACACAUGCCAGUUUUUAAAAAUGCUGCUUUGUCCAGGUAAGAACAUCCAUGAUUGGAGGUCCUGAGUUUUACCCAGACUCCAGGAGCUGGUAAAAGGGUAAGAGCCAGAUAGAACCAGUGAGAUGUGGCCAAAGAUUCUUUUCUAACUGAACCAAGAUGUCAAAACAAAAGAUGUGCUCUAAAGUUUCCCCUUAUGGAAUUUGCACGUUUGUCAGGAGACAUCCUUCACAUCCGCUCCCACACCUUAAGUGUACAUGUGUAUUUUGUGUGUGUGUGUGUGUGUGUGUGUGUGUGUGUGUGUGUGUGAGAGAGAGAGAGAGAGAGAGAGAGAGAGAGAGAGAGAGAGAGAAAGUGAAAUGCAGGACUUGUUGGGCACUGCCCUCAGGACUGAAUCCUGACACACAGCUAGGCAACAUUCCUUUCUUGUUCCCUGGGCCAGAACCUUGUUGAUGACCUUGUCCGCUUCCUCCUCCCCCUCCACCCUAACAGCACACGGCCUGCAAAACUGUCUUAAUGCAAAAUUAUUUCCUGUCCAGUUAGAGGUGGAAAAUGGCCAGAAUCUGGGGCUGCAGAUUUGAGCUACUUUAAGACAUUUUGCCCUGCUAAAGUGGCCUGUCAGUUCGGACAGACUUCAUUUGCGAAACUGAGGAGGAAUUUGCACAGGACUCUGUGAAUGAAAGUGCAAGUUUAUAAUCCAUCAUCUGACACAUUCGUUUUUCUCAGAUGAAGAGGAGUUGGGGGGGGGGGAAUCCCAUUUGUCCUGUACCUCCAGAGCUGGAAUUUAUUCUUACAUAUAUUUGGUAGAUAUUUGUAUGUUGAUUCAAAACAGGUCAAUCCUUUCAAUGGACCCUUUCAGGAAAAUCAAGCUCUUGGGAGAUACAAAUGGCAGACCCUGUUUGGUUCCAGUUGGUUAUCUGGACAGUAUUCCCAGUUCUGCCAAGAAAGUAAUGGGAUAUGGAAAGAGGCACUUCGUUGGGUUUCUGUAGCUCUCUUGCCUUAAAUAUAUCCCACACUCAAAAAAGCUUUUGAGGUAAAUUUCAUGAAAUGGAAUCAUAUGAUGCCACUUUACCAACAAAAUAAGCUCAACUGAUACCUUUUUGUUAAAAAAAAAAAUGCCAGGAGAAAAUGUCAUUGCCAAGCCAUUUACUACUGAGGGCUGCUUCCUUGCCAAUAAAUAAAAGUUUUUCACAAUUCUCCACAAACAGCUCAGCAUUUUGUGAGAUUAGAAUGUACCCAGAAUCUUCGUAUACAGGUCCCGUUGCCCAUAAAGGAAGUUGUGCCUGAUUCUUUGUAAAUGGAAUGUGAAGUAGGAGAUGAUGACAGAAAAACAUCAUGACAGACAAGUAGGUGGAGAUUGACUGUAUUGCCACUCAGUGGAUUCUGCAGAUGGUCCUAAGGAUAUCAUUUUAAUCAGAACAGAUUACUUUGAGAGCUAAGAUUUCUAGCUAUCUACAUUGACAUACAGGAAACUUUACAGAUUCUGCAUACAAAGGUAGAUGUGAGAUUGCAGAGUGUUUUUCCCUUGGCUAAUUUUUUUCUAACAUAAGGUAUCAGAGCUAGAUUACGCUACCUGUGUUUGAAAAUAAUGCGCUUUGCCUAACCUUCAGCAGAAUGUAUUGUUUAAGCAUAUUCUAUGUAUAAAAAAGUUUAAAGAUGUCUUCAAAGAAGACUAGAGUCUUUAAGUCACUUAUAGCUAUAUUUUACUACAAAAAUUCAUGUAUAAAGAUAUAUUUAAGUGUUUUUAGAUAAAUUUAGGUUACUCCAUAUGAAAUGUUUAAUUUCAGUUACUGUGAAUUCUUUUGAUCAGUGCUUUGUCUUUCUUAAAGCCCUUUCCAUCUUAUUGCAAAGAAAAAUAGCUAUUAAGAGGUAUUUAAAGAUCCAGUGCCUAGAUGGACAGGGUUAAAACCUUUUGUAAUAUAUUUAAGUGUAUAUUUUUAAGAGAGAUACUACAUUGCCAAUGAUUUUAUAAAUUAAAAAUUUACAAAUUUAUGGAGACAAACCAAAGUAUUUUUUUAAGAGAAGAUAAAAAAAUUAGUUUUUUGGAAGUUCUUGUCAUAAGUCAUUAUUUAGAUCAAGAAAUCUGUGUUGUUGAAACCUUAUCCCAUAGUUGAUUGAAAAGUGAAUGUCAUUAAUUGCUGAAGCAUUUCUAAAAACAGAACAUUUUUAAAGUGUUUUCUUAUCUUUGUGUUACAGCAUUUCCAAUUGCUUCAUACUUCACAGUUUCAAUACAAAGUACCAGCUUACUUUAUAACAUAUUGUGUAAGAUUUUUAAAAAGUAACAUAUUCCAGUUAUACUCUUCUUAUCUGCAAAGUUGUUCUUUUGUCUUCAGGCUGCACCCUUAAUUCUCAGAAUGCAUUUUGUUUUGUUUGAUGAAAAGCUAUUGUUGAAAUGUUCCGAACUGCAAGACAGAUUAUCUGUAUAAGAUCCUGUAACUCUUCACCAUGAGGUGUUUACCAGCUGUUACUCUGUACUUUAAAAGUCAGAAUUCUUCUAAACUAUUUCUGUAGCAUUUUCUGAACAACAACAAGGACUAGUCUUUUCCUUUUCUCCUGAGAUUGCAAACCCAUUCCCUGUGUGUGCUCUGUGGCGGUUGUGAUUGGGAGUGAGUGUGGGGGCGCACCCUGUCCCAAUCUUUCUGUACUGUAACUACCUCAUAGUUUGAGUGAAGGUUGUACUGCUAGGUGUGUUCACAGAGCACAUUGUGUUGGGUAUAUCUUGUGUGUGAUUUAUUUUUCCUGUUUGUUUUAUCUGGGGGUUGUUUAUGACACUGACAGAUGUUUUUCUUAAAAGGAUUAUUAUCAGUUUCCAGAUACAAUGCUUCUCUCUUCUGGUUUUUCCUAAAUGAGCCUGAUUUUGUUGCUGUUUUUCAUUAUCUAUGAGGGUAAAAAGAGUACCCUUUAAAUCCCUGUGGCCAGUUUGAACACCCCUGGUGUACUAUUUUCUCUGUUCAAUGUGUCUGCAAUUUUUUUGAACAUGCUUAGAUGUAUAGUUUUGAUAACCACAGUUUUAAGUCCUUUAUCUGUGCAUAAUAAAAAGAUAUAUAUCAAUUA